GGUGCCGGCGUGCUGGUCCGUGUCCCGGGAGCCGCUAUGGCCUCACAGAACGCCGACCCCGCCGCCGUGUCCAGCGCGGCCGCCCGCAAAGCGGCUGAGACCGGAGCCACGGCGGCCCGCGGAGCCGUGGGCAAGAGGCUGCAGCAAGAACUGAUGGCGUUGAUGAUGUCCGGUGACAAAGGCAUCUCUGCCUUCCCCGAGUCCGACAACCUGUUCAAGUGGAUCGGGACCAUUGACGGCGCCGCCGGGACGGCCUACGAGGAGCUGCGGUACAAGCUGUCGCUGGAGUUCCCCAGCGGGUACCCCUACACAGCACCCACCGUGCGGUUCCUGACCCCCUGCUACCACCCCAACGUCGACACCCAGGGCAACAUCUGCCUCGACAUCCUCAAGGAGAAGUGGUCAGCGCUGUAUGAUGUCCGCACCAUCCUGCUCUCCAUACAGAGCCUGCUGGCAGAGCCAAACAUCGAGAGCCCUCUGAACACACAUGCAGCCGAGCUCUGGAAGAACCAAGUCGCCUACAAGAAGUAUGUGCGGGAGACGUACAACAAGCAGACCAAGAGCCAGGAGACCUGACCGUCACCACGGCCCCUCAGCCCAGCCCCUCCCUCCCUCCCGGCCGUCCCCCGCCUUCUGUAUCAUAGGCUGUUUUUAAAUUAAUGUCGCAGUCCAAGCCACGGUUAAUGUAUAAAUAAAUGCAGGUUUAUAACUUCUGCAGGGGAUUCUGUGGCAGCUCUGGCACACCCAGAGUGCCCAGAGGCCCCUCUGCAAGUGUGGGCAGGAAGGGUGGAAGGGAUACAGACCCCUGUGGGGUAACAGGAGUUU